AUGAACGACAAGGCACUGCUCUCGGCGACCCUCGCCAGAUCUCAGGAUCAAAGCCAUCGCGGCGAAGUGCCACCGUUCCCGUGGCGUCCGAUCAACACCAGAAUCGAUACGCCGACGAUACCAAGCAUGACCAGCCAAGUAGAUAACCCCCCUUCGACGUUCAGCCCCCAUCUCAGUGAACAGAGCUCCGAAACUCCGCUGUCGAGAACUCCGACCUCGAUAGAAAAGAAGCCCGUUCAACCUACCGCGCCACGCUUUCCGACGCCGCCGCCGUUCCAGCCGAUGGUCUAUCACCCGGUCCCGAAGACGCCCAUCCGCUUUGAAGACCAGGCGCGCCGAUGGUCCGCGCAGUGGGCGCACCAGGCUCAUCUGCUGGGUAUCCUCCCCGCCAGAAACCCUCUCUCGCCGGCGCCGUCCCAAGACAAAAUGGUCGCCAUGCUCCAGGUCCUGCAUAAAGGUUGCGACGAGCGGGUCGCCGCUGUCCAGGCGAAGCUUUCGCGGGUCGAGCGCGAGCUGCGGGAGCUGAUCGCAGCGCUGGAGGGGCGGGAGGUGAGCUCGAGGCUCGAGGUAGGCCAGCUGAAGGGGUGGAAGGCGGAGGUUGAGCGGCGGGUGCAGAUGCAAGUUGAUGUUGUGAGCGAGGUCGUCCGGAGGGUCAUUGCCACGGAGGAUAUGGUGGGCGAAGUGCGGACUGAGGUGCUGCGGGAGCGCGGUGCUCGUUUGGGCAGCGCGUCGAGGGACGAGGGGACCAAUGUUGGGCCAGGAUUCCCAUCACCUUUGUCUGAGGCGGUUGAUGACCUCUCCGGGGCUGUGGACUCGCCCUACAGCGACGAUGACCUUCCAAUGACUGUCGACUCGAUAUGCUGCGAUGAUGGCCUCCCCGACUACCUUCCAUCAAGAGAGACAACAGCCUCGCCCUACCCGUACGCCAAUAUCGUACCGCCUUCGCGCAGCACUGGCAAGAAAGUCGUUAAUAAACGCAGGAAGUUCUCCGCUGUCAGUCUGCCUCCCGUAACGGAGACGUCUCCUACCAUCAGUGGCCCAACCAACGUGGACGUCGGCCUGAGGCUCUCACGCCCGCUAACAAUGGACCCUGAGCUCAAGAGCCUCCAAACUCACCAGCCUCUCAAGAUGGACUCAGGAUUCAGACUCCAGAAGCCGGCACGCGUAUUACCUCUGACGUCCGUCCCCACGGAAACGAGCAUCGAUCCCGCCCCCAUCGUCCGCGUCUCGUCCCUCCUGACGACCCUCUCCGACGGCACCACAACGCCUAUCUUCGCCUUCAACAAGCACCCCGAGACGGUACGCGAGCAGUGGGACGAGUACGAGCACGGACUCGCCGGCCAGCGCGCCGUCCGCCUGCUCGACGAGCGGUACACGACAAAAUGGCGGCGCGACACGUACGCCCGGACGUGGUACUCGCGCCGCAAGCGGUUCUGGGGCGUGUGUAAGGAGCUCCUCAAGCGGGGUCUCAGCGAGGACGAAAUGGUUGCGACGAUUGAGAGUUUCCUGGCCGCGAAGGAGAUGACGGUCGCCGGCUUUGUUGACUGGUUGAGGCAGGAGAAGCACGGGGUCGAACUUGUGCUCCGCGGGCCCAGUGCGGAUUCUGGCUUUGCUACAAAAGGUAGUGAGACGAAGAGGGGUGUCAAAAGAAAAAAGGCGUAUCAACAUCUUGGAUGUGAAACCGUGGGUGGACAGGAAAUUGAAGAGGAGGUAGCUAUGAUGAGUGAGAGCGAGGAAGAGGAGAGGGCGCACAAGAGGCGCAGCUCAUUGAAUUUGAGGGGUCGGGCAGUACUGGCGCACCCGCCGUUUGAGGAGUCCUCAGAUGAUAGCGAUAGUGUCUUUGGGGCUUGUUGA